GCUCAGCUCAGAUAGCAUCCUCUUCGCGCGCGCGCUCCUGCAUCCGGUCUGUGUCGUGACGUCAUCCUCAUCCAGGUUUGAAGUGCAUUUUGGAUUUCGGGGUAAAAUUGAGCGGCACGAGCUCUGAUGGAGGCUGCAGCCCGGACUGCACCAUCUUCAUCAUCAUCAUCAUCAUCAUCAUCAUCACUGAAACAUGCGCGCAGUGCGACUGUAAAUCACCGUGUGCUGACUCACGGGACCCUGCAGAGUGAUUGAUGAUGGUGACUGGAUGUGGAUCCUGAUGUUCAUCACUCAGGCCUGUGAAGUGCCUGUCCUGUGGAGAGAGGACCAAAGAGGAAGAAAGACGUCUCUGCCUCGGACCUGCCUCCAAACUCACCACUUGCAUUAAAGGAAUAAAAGCUAAUAAACAAUCCUUCAAUUCUGCACACGUUCAUCAUCUUCAGAAAGGGUUUCUCUCUCUCUCUCUCUCUCUCUCUCUCCCUCUCUCUCUCUCUCUCUCUCUCUCUCUCUCUCUCUCUCUCUUUCUCACGACUGAAGAAUGGCCAGUGAACCCGUCAUCCUCAACGUCUACGACAUGUACUGGAUUAAUGAAUACACGUCUACUCUGGGGAUUGGAGUCUUCCACUCAGGAAUACAGCUGUAUGGCAGAGAAUUUGCGUAUGGAGGUCAUCCAUAUCAUUUCAGUGGUGUAUUUGAGAUUAACCCAGGAAACGCCACUGAGCUCGGAGAGACUUUUAAAUUCAAAGAGGCAAUUGCUUUGGGUACAACAGACUUUACAGAAGAGGAUGUUGAUAAGAUUAUGGAAGAACUGGGCAAAGAAUUUAAAGGAAAUGCAUAUCACCUGAUGCACAAAAACUGCAACCACUUUUCUUCUGCACUGUCUGAGUUGCUGUGUGGGUGUGAGAUCCCGCGCUGGGUUAACCGCUUGGCAUAUUUCAGCUCGUGUGUGCCAUUCCUACAGAGCUGCUUACCAAGAGAGUGGCUCACACCAGCCGCCCUGCAGAGCCACAUCAGCAUGCACAGAGAAGACACACACUCUCAUAUACACACAUACUCACACACACACUCACACACACACUCACACACACACUCACACACACACUCAUACACACACUCAUACACACAUGAUUCCAGCUCCAGUGAUGAGGAGCCAUCAGGGGCAGUGGGAGGAAGAUCACACAGCUGCAGACACACUCGAGUGUGACACACACACACACCAUCUUCUGGCUCUAUUUUUAAAUUCUUGUGAAACACUGAACUGUACCAGUGUGCUUUGUGUUUUUUUGACAACCAAUCAGCAACAGGCAUAUGACGGACAGUUCAGACUGACCAAUCACAAGUCUCAUUUUUGCCCCUCCCCCUCAGUAGUACUGUAAACUUGGAUCUCUUUCCAGACUUUUAGACCACUUUUAAUGAUAAAAUAAUUUUUCCAAGGUGAAAAUAAAUAUAAACUGAUUUAUAAGAAAUUAGUUUUUAUACCGUAUUAAUAUCAGCCGAUGACAGAUGGAUUAAAAUAAUCAGAAAUAUAUUUAACAUUUUUUCAUUUCUUUGUGAAUGUUUGAUUAUUCAGCUGGUUUUGAUUUGACAUGAUCUGCGAUUGCAUUAUUAUAUUUCAUUAAAUUUCAUUCCUCUUUGAUUUCUACACAAACAGUAAUUUUAUUUAUAUAAUUCCACACAUUACUGCUGGGGUGUGUGUGUGUGUGUGAGAGAGAGAGGUGUGUGGGUGAGGUGUGAUCUGUGUGUAUGUGACGUGUGUGUGUGAUGUAUGUGUGUCUGUGUGUAUGUGAGGUGUGUGUGAUGUAUAUGUGUGUGUGUGAGGUGUGUGUGAUGUAUAUGGGUGUGUGUGAGGUGUGUGUGUCUGUAUGUAUGUGUGUAUGUGAGAUGUGUGAUGUAUAUGCGUGUGUGUGUGAGGUGUGUGUGAUGUAUGUGCAUGUGUGUCUGUGUGUAUGUGAGGUGUGUGUGUGAUGUAUAUGGGUGUGUGUGAUGUAUAUGGGUGUGUGUGAGGUGUGUGUGUCUGUAUGUAUGUGAGGUGUGUGUGAUGUAUAUGCGUGUGUUUGUGAGGUGUGUGUGAUGUAUAUGCUUGUGUGUGUGUGAGGUGUGUGUGAUGUAUGUGCAUGUGUGUCUGUGUGUAUGUGAGGUGUGUGUGUGAUGUAUAUGCGUGUGUGGGAUGUGGUAGCUCAGUGGUUAAAGGUGUUGGGCUACUGAUCGGAAGGUCAUGGGUUUGAAACCCAGGUCCACCGAGCUGCCACUUCUGGGCCCCUGAGUAAGGCCCUUAACCCUCAGUUGCUCAGUUGUAAGUCACUCUGGAUAAGUGUGUCUGCUAAAUGCCGUAAAUGAAAGUAUAAAAUUUCAGGAUAUGUUCAUUGACCAAACUGUUGAGCUGAUCAAAUGCCAACAUAAGCUCUGCCCUUUUUGAUCUUUGCACCUCACAUACUCAGCUGUAUGGAAGAGCAGCCAUAACUUGUGUGUGUGUGUGUGUGUGUGUGCGCGCGCAUGUUAUGGGUAUAAACCAUCAAACCACAGAGCUUUAGGACCACAUGACCUUUAAUGUUUGAGAAAAAGUGAUUAUUUUGUAUGCAUACUGUUCUGUUUAUCAGAGUGACACUGUAUCACACUGUCUCACACUAACCCUCAGAUGUGAUCAGUGCCACCUGUCAAUAAAGCUCUUUAUCUUUUUUUUAAUGUCACAGGUUGCCAUGGAUACACACACCUUAUUGAGUUUUGUAUGUCAUAUACUCAGUAUUUACUUUUGAUUUACUUCACUACUGAACACCUUUUGGACGUUUUUCUACAUUUGUCAGAUUUAAACCUAGAUUGGAAACAAAUUUUAUGAUCUGAAAUAUAUUACAGUUUUACAAAGCUAAAUAAAGAUUUAAAAAGUUGAA